AUGACGCAGCCACCGGUGGUGCAGGGUAAGGUGGUGGGCAGAUCAGCGGACAUCGAGCAGCCGCAUCCACACAGGGCCGCAGUCCACCCAAUGCCACAACCAGAACAUAUGGAGGUGAUGCAACUUUCAUGUAGAGAUGCCUGCCUUCCGCCAGAAAUCAGGCUUGGGUUUGUCAAGAAGGUGUACGGAAUCGUCGGGAUGAUGCUGGUGCUCACCUUCGGCACAAGCUUGCCUUUUGUCUUUGCCACGAAGGCGACACUCGAUUUCUUCCAGCAUCAUGUCUGGAUUCUCUACAUUGUAGCUGCAGUUGUGCUGGCCCAGCUGGUUUUUGAUUUGGCCAUGUCCUGCCAGAUGUGUUGUGGCGGCAGUAGCCUUCUGCAGAGCUACUUCUGGAUGAUGAAGACUGCCCCCUGGAACUACCUCUACCUCACAACCUUCUCCUUGUGCUUCGGCGUGCUUGUGGGCUUCAUCUGCGCAAAGUACACCGUCCAGUCAGUUGUGCUCGUCUUUGCACUCACUGUUGUGAUGAUCAUUGCGCUGACAAUCUACGCCGUGCGCACCAAGGCAGACUUCACAGGAUGCGGAGCCUACAUCAUGGUCUUCUUCUUAGGCCUGCUGAUGCUGAUCCUUGUGUACUCUUUCUUCCCCGGCAGCGUCGCCAUCACCAAAGUUAUUGCUGGGCUGGGAGCCAUGCUCUUUGGUUUCAUCAUCGUUUACGACACGCAGCAGAUCUUCGGGUCUGCCUCCGCCAGCUUUGGCGGUGGAAAGCGCGACAUUGAAUAUACGAUUGACAUGUAUGCCUUUGCUGCAUGGAGCCUCUACUUGGAUUUCAUCAACUUCUUCCUGUACAUGAUUCAGCUCUUUGGGGAGCGGAGGUGA